ACAGUCAUUGCUUUAAAUCGGGAAUUUCUUUCCUCUCAUAAGUCAUAAUUCUACUUCUUCCCUUACCAAACGCAUACAUCUCCUAUCUUUCAAGACUCAACAAUCAAUCUGCUCAUGCUUUUUAUGAUCGCAUGUUCUCCAUAAAUCACUACUUCAAUCUUGAUUCGCUCAUUUUCUCUCCGAUUUUGUUCUUCGUUAGCUCCCAGCUUUAACUGCAUUUUCCAGUAGUGAGAUCAGAAGAUGCCGGCAGUUGCUCCACGAUCUGGGGAGGCCAUCUUUUCCAGUGCUGAGCGUGUUAAUGCAGAGUUGUUUACAUUAACAUAUGGAGCAAUAGUUCGUCAACUAAUUACAGAUCUGGAAGAAGUUGAUGAAGUUAACAAGCAGCUUGAUCAAAUGGGUUAUAAUAUUGGUGUGCGAUUGAUUGAUGAGUUCCUAGCAAAAUCCAAUGUCUCUAGAUGUGUGGACUUCAAGGAAACUGCUGAAGUCAUAGCAAAGGUUGGCUUCAAAAUGUUUCUGGGGGUGAGUGCAACAGUCACUAAUUGGGAUGCAGAGGGAACAACUUGCAGCCUUGUCUUGGAGGACAACCCUUUGGUAGAUUUUGUUGAGCUUCCUGACACGUGCCAAGGCCUUCACUAUUGCAAUGUUUUAAAUGGUGUGGUCAGAGGGGCACUGGAGAUGGUAUCAAUGAAGACAGAAGUUACAUGGAUUCGUGAUAUGCUUCGUGGGGAUGAUGCGUAUGAACUGCAAGUCAAACUUCUCAAGCAAAUUCCAGAAGAAUACCCAUACAAGGAUGAUGAAUGAUGUCUAACUUCUCGAUGUUGUUAUGUAUAUUGUCCCCCAAGGUUUGGAUGCCUACUUUUUCUGCACUAUUCAAUUAGUUCUGGGAUACUCAACUUGAAGUAGGUUUCCCUUUUUUUUUUUUUUUUUUCGUUCUGCACUCAAAUACCUGUGGGGAACAUGCUGUAGUUAAAUUUGCCUAUGUGGUAGUAAUGCUUUAUGUAAUAGGAUGCUCAAGAACUGUAUUGUUCCUGCUGCCUUUUACGCAUUUGCAUUCAUCCAACAUGUUGCGGGAUUAUAUUGCAAAAAUAACCUGUUUUUAGCCCUAGAAAGUACUCAAAGUAGCGCUUUUUUUUUCCUUCUCUUGCUCUUUAUUUUGCCCAAGGAUCUUAUAAUGUAAUUUCCCUGCCCAAGUAUAUGUUAUAUGUGAGAUAAAAUAAGUGGAGUAAGAAUGUUUAUA